AUGCUCCGUCAAGUUCUUAUAUGCCUUUUGGUUUCACUAGCAUCGGCAAGGUUGCACCAUCAGUUAGAUCCAUAUGGAGAAGAGGAAGAAGGUAACAAUUAUUUUUAACUGCGAAAGUUACGAUUAUUUUGGUUUUAGAGCUGGAUGUUAACACUAUUCUGAAAGCUCUCGGUACGCCACUAUGUAUGAGAAAAUGCAUUGACCCGUUUAUCAAAACAACCUCUGCGAUUUGGAACAUGAAAGACGUGGCGGGCAACUCGAGAACAGUUUGCAGGUUUGUAGUAUGCAUGAGUUGAACUACAUAGAAAGUUUUUAGUUCUCAUUCCAAGGCUCUGGCGUGUCUUAAAGCUGAUCAGUUCUGCGACAUGAAAGGUGUUUUCAAGGUGGUUUCAAUAUACGUUUGUUACAAAAAUCUUUAAAACAGAAAAAUGAUCAUGAACUUUUGUUUGAAAAAGGUCAAUACUUAAGGUUUACAGUUUUCUUUUUCAUUCAUAUUUUUCAGACGGCUAGCAGCAGUGUUCAUUACAUGUGCGAUCGCAAGUCGCUUCUCUUUGAACGUAUGGAGGCUUGCUUGAAACCCGUCGUCGACACUAUCAUGCAAGGUAUCGUUAAGCUCCACAAAAGAGUACGAUUUUCUUUGACAGAGUGUGAUUCGACUUGCCACGCUCGCUCGAACUUGACCGCGUUCUCUCAAAAUUCCAAUAUCAAGUUCGCCGCUCAAAUAGGUGGUAACAUAUUCAUCGUCAGCGAUCAUUUGGGUCCUUUGUGCGGGUAAGUGAAAAACUAGACUUUUCUGAAACUCCUCCCAAAAAAAAUUAGAAUAAUUAAAAAAAGAUUUUUCAAAAACCAUCAAAAUGAAAGUUCAAUUGAUAUUUGGAUUACUGAAUGAUAGUUCCACAAUGUGGUGUUUCAUAGAACUAUCUCAUGCAAAAAAAAAAUCCAACUUUUAGCUCCCUCGCGUGCACUCUGCCUUGCAUAACCAAAAAACUGAACGACAAAUGCGAUUUGAGUGGCUGGCUGACUUUGGUUUGUUGAUUUAUAUUUGACUUUAAUUCGUGCUCAAAAGACUAUCAGUUUGAGAAGCAUAUGACAUGUAAUCUGAAAAUGCAUUGCAUUAAUUUGCAGGACGUUCUGAUGCAGCCUCUUGACGCAACGGCAGCUAUCGUUGAAGAUCUUCCAGUUUCUCUUCGGUUUUUUUUCGAAACAUCGCAGAAGUAUUGAUAUUUUUCAGGGACCUUCUUCACCAGAAAAUCGACAAGCGAUGCAGCUUUACUCUGAGCACCGCUCGUCUCAACCGCAUUCGCAACGGAGAUUUCAACGCAUUUUAUUAA